CUUUGUUAAGCCAACUAAAGUGUUAUGCUCGCCGUCCGACUCAGACUCCGGUGUUCCUCUAUGGCCGGCGUUGCUUCUUUUGUCUCAUCUUCAUCGGCUUCAGCAUCAUCUAUAGCUAGUAAAAAACUCUAUUUUCAAGUCAAUUCCAAUCGGCAGCUCUUCAAUAGCAGAGUAUCUAUCACUACGCGAAUCCCUAAUGCCUCAAUUCGGUGCUUCGCUUCCUCCUCUGGUCCGACUAGUAAAAUUCUCGUUCAAAAUCCCAUCGUCGAAAUGGACGGUGAUGAAAUGACGAGGGUUAUAUGGAAAAUGAUCAAAGACAAGCUAAUAUAUCCUUAUCUAGAGUUGGAUACAAAGUAUUAUGAUUUAGGUAUAUUGAACCGUGAUGCCACUGAUGACCAAGUUACUGUUGAAAGUGCUGAGGCAACCCUGAAGUACAAUGUUGCUGUGAAAUGCGCUACUAUAACACCUGAUGAGACCAGAGUCAAGGAAUUUGGGCUGAAGUCUAUGUGGAAAAGUCCCAAUGGCACAAUCAGAAACAUUUUAAACGGUACUGUUUUCCGGGAGCCUAUACUAUGCACGAACAUUCCCAGGAUUGUUCCUGGUUGGAAGAAACCCAUUUGUAUUGGUAGGCAUGCUUUUGGUGAUCAGUAUCGUGCCACAGAUUCAAUUAUUAAUGGGCCCGGAAAGCUCAAAAUGGUUUUUGUGCCAGAAAAUGGGGAAUCCCCUAUGGAGCUGGAUGUUUAUGAUUUUAAAGGUCCGGGUAUUGCACUUGCCAUGUACAAUGUUGACCAGUCAAUUCGAGCGUUUGCUGAAUCAUCAAUGUCAAUGGCAUUUUCAAAGAAAUGGCCUCUUUACUUGAGUACAAAAAACACAAUUUUAAAGAAAUACGAUGGAAGGUUUAAGGACAUUUUUCAAGAGGUAUACGAAGAGAAGUGGAAGCAACAGUUUGAGGAACACUCGAUAUGGUAUGAGCAUAGACUGAUAGAUGACAUGGUAGCUUAUGCAUUAAAAAGUGAGGGUGGAUAUGUUUGGGCAUGCAAGAACUAUGAUGGAGAUGUCCAGAGUGAUUUGCUCGCUCAAGGAUUUGGUUCUUUGGGCCUCAUGACUUCUGUAUUGUUAUCUUCUGAUGGCAAGACAUUAGAAGCUGAAGCAGCUCACGGCACUGUAACAAGACAUUUUCGGCUGCAUCAAAAGGGUCAAGAAACUAGUACAAACAGUGUUGCUUCCAUUUUUGCAUGGACAAGGGGACUUGGACAUAGGGCUCAGCUUGAUGGGAAUCAAAAGUUGUUGGAAUUUGUUCACACCCUUGAAGCUUCUUGCAUUGGGACAAUAGAGUCCGGGAAGAUGACUAAGGACUUAGCUAUAUUAGCUCAUGGACCCAAGGUGUCAAGAGAAUUCUACUUGAACACUGAAGAAUUUAUUGAUGCUGUAGCACAGAAACUUCAAGAGAAGCUUCAUGCCUCGGUGCCUAUUUAAGUUAUCCUGGAUUAUGUAGUGAGAACAUGUAUGAGCUGAAGAAGAUCAUGAGCAGCAUCCUUUUCACAGUGAAG